AUGAAUGCAAUGAGGGAGGUGGAAGUCGCGUGCCUAUUCAGCUUUGUCCACCCUAAGGAUCCUUUUUUCAGUGAAAUGGCCUUUGGGGUAGCUGAGUCAUGGAUUACCAAUAUUCGCCGACGUGUUAGCAGGCGCAUAGAAAUUUUCAAGACUCAGUUCAACUUGCAGCCGGUUCCUGUCCCAAAUAUGCAACCUGCUAAAUUCAUCCCUUCGGUUAUCUCAAUCUAUCCACCUAAUACACACGAGAUGCAAGAAAUGGUGUUCAUUUUGAUGAAUAGUAAACCACCAAACGAGAAGGAAUUAUCGGCGGAGCUUUUCAGGACCUUAAGGAGGCUGCUGUUCUAUCCAAUCAUCGACCUUUUAGCCAAAAUAUGGUCAUUGGAAUCCAUCUCGAUUUCUCGGUGGAAGUCAAUCAUUUUCCGAUCUUCGAAAGAGAACUGA